AUGCGCAUUCAUUGUCUCGCAACUGAUCCACAGUUACAGCAGAUAUCCAGUGUCACGAUGUCAUCAGUGGAAGCGAUUCAGAAGCACUUGUCUGACGAGAUCACCAAAUUUGGUGAACUCCAGAAGUCAUACCAAAAGACAUUGCAUUUGAGACAACAAUUGGAUUCACAGCUCAACGAGAAUAAUAUUGUCAAAGAAGAAAUGGAUUUACUGGAAGACGGGGCCAAGACUUACAAAUUGGUCGGACCUCUGCUCAUGAGUAUUGACUUAAAGGAAGCUAAAGAUAAUGUCAACUCUCGGAUCAAAUACAUCUCCGAAGAAAUCAAAAGACACGACACAGUGAUCAGUGAUUUAAGCGAAAAACAAGAACAGCAACGAGAAGUGGUGACUAAACUGCAGCAACAGUUACAGCAGAAGACAGCGCAAACAGGCCCUACCGGUGCUGCUGUCAAGGCUUAGAGAAAGACAUGUUUGCUUUUAUAGUUUAAUUUGUUUUGUUGAUUGAAAAUUGUGUUUUUAAUCAUUUAUUCUGGACUUAAAUAUUGC